AUGUCAUCGGGCAAGCGUGCCAAUGUCAUCACACACUUGUGCGAUUUUUCACUUGGCAGGCAGGGGCAGCAGUCGGAAGCAUGCCUACCAAUAACUGCACCUCCAUACACAGGUUACUCUAAUGGACCCGAGCUCAAUGAAAGCAACAGCAGCGCUCCGCUCACAUCCAGCGCUGAUUACGACGAUGAGUUCAUUCGGUACCUGUGGAAGGAGUAUUUAUAUCCCAAGGAGUACGAGUGGGUUCUCAUCGUUGCUUAUAUUCUAGUGUUCAUUGUGGCUCUGGUUGGAAACAUAUUAGUUUGCAUCGCAGUUUGGAAGAAUCAUAACAUGCGGACAGUCACAAACUAUUUCAUAGUUAAUUUGUCAUUUGCCGAUAUCCUUGUUACAAUUAUCUGUCUUCCUGCCAGCCUUCUGGUUGAUAUAACAGAGACAUGGUUUUUUGGGCAAGUUUUCUGCAAAAUAAUCCCAUACCUACAGUCUGUUGCAGUUUCUGUAUCUGUACUGACACUUAGCUGCAUUGCAUUGGACCGCUGGUAUGCUAUAUGUCAUCCACUUAUGUUCAAAAGUACAGCCAAGCGAGCACGAAACAGCAUAAUAAUGAUAUGGAUUAUAUCCUGUGUCCUAAUGAUUCCCCAGGCAAUUGUAAUGGAAUGCAACAUCAUGGUGCCAGAGUUAGCAAACAAAACUCUUUUAUUCACCAUCUGUGAUGAGCAAUGGGGAGAUGACAUUUACCCCAAGGUCUAUCAUAUUUGCUUUUUCAUUGUUACAUAUUUGGCUCCUUUGUGCCUAAUGAUUUUGGCCUACUUUCAAAUAUUUCGGAAACUUUGGCGUCGACAGAUACCAGGGAUUUCUUCAGUAGUCCAGAGAAAUUGGAAGCCUGUUGCCCUGCAGUGUUCAUCCCAGAAGAAUGGCAGAGUCCAGGUCAAGUCACGAACAAGUGCUGUUGCUGCAGAAAUCAAACAGAUCCAAACAAGACGGAAGACAGCACGGAUGCUUCUGGUGGUUUUCAUUUUUUUCACGCUUUGCUACCUUCCAAUAAGUGUUCUAAAUGUUCUGAAAAGGGUGUUUGGAGCCUUUGACAAUGUUAACAACAGAGCAACACUCUAUGCAUGGUUUACAUUCUCACAUUGGCUAGUGUACGCCAACAGCGCAGCAAACCCCAUUAUUUAUAAUUUUUUGAGUGGCAAAUUCCGAGAAGAAUUCAAAACCGCGUUCGCUUGCUUUUUCCGGGUGGACCGUCAGAAUGAUGAGCGACUAAGCAGAUGCCGAACGAGCACCGAUAGCCGCAAGUCUUUGACCACACAAAUCUGCCACUUUGAUAAUGUUUACAAAACUUCAGAGCAGGUAGCGCUUACAAAUGUAACAACAUCACAGACCUUACUGUGA